AUGUCGGAAAGAUUGACGAGGAUUGCUAUCGUGAAUAGCGAUCGGUGCAAGCCGAAGAAAUGUCGCCAAGAGUGCAAGAAGAGCUGUCCUGUCGUCAAGACUGGGAAACUUUGUAUCGAGGUGACUCCUGCUUCCAAAACUGCUUUCUUGUCAGAGGAGCUGUGCAUAGGAUGUGGUAUCUGCGUUAAGAAAUGCCCUUUUGAAGCUAUUCAGAUUAUCAACCUCCCAAAGGACUUGGAGAAAGAUACAAUCCACCGUUAUAAUUCCAAUGGUUUUAAACUACACAGGCUUCCAGUGCCAAGGCCUGGGCAAGUCCUAGGUUUGGUUGGAACAAAUGGUAUUGGUAAAUCUACUGCUCUCCAAAUCUUGGCUGGAAAAAUCAAACCAAACCUUGGCAGAUACAAUAAUCCUCCUGACUGGCAUGAAAUUUUGGCUCACUUCCGUGGAUCAGAACUUCAAAGCUACUUCAUCCGACUUAGAGAAGAGAAACUAAAGACCGCUAUGAAGCCACAACAUGUGGAUGCUAUAAAAAAGGUUGCUAAAGGUACGCUUGGGACAGUCCUUGAGAAUAUGGACGAAAGAGGAAUGAUGUCUGAGAUGUGUGAUGCUAUGGACUUGAACCACCUCUUGGACCGUGAAGCAACACAAGUAUCUGGUGGAGAGCUACAACGUUUUGCUAUUGCUGCAGUGUGUCUCAAGAAGGCAGACAUAUAUGUGUUUGAUGAACCUUCUAAUUUCCUAGAUGUGAGGCAAAGACUCAAAGCUGCUGAAGUUAUACGUUCCCUCCUCAGACAUGACAACUACGUGAUUGUGGUGGAGCAUGACCUCAGUGUACUUGAUUACUUGUCGGACUUUGUUUGUUGUUUGUAUGGAAAGCCGACAGCUUAUGGUGUCGUGACUCUCCCCUUCUCUGUCCGAGAAGGUAUCAAUGUGUUCUUAGCCGGUUUUGUCCCCACAGAAAACUUGCGUUUCAGAGAUGAGUCUUUGACCUUUAAGGUUUCUGAUACACCACAAGAGAGCGAAGGGGAAGUUAAGUCUUAUGCAAGAUACAAGUACCCUAACAUGAGUAAGAAACUUGGAGAUUUCAAGCUGGAUGUAAUGGAAGGAGAGUUCACAGACUCUCAGAUUAUUGUAAUGCUUGGAGAGAACGGUACCGGGAAAACAACAUUCAUCAGGAUGCUGGCAGGUGCGUUCUCAAGUGAGGACGGUGUAGAAUCAGACAUGCCAGAGUUUAACGUAUCUUACAAACCACAAGGAAACGAUUCAAAGCGUGAGUGUUCAGUGAGAGAGCUCCUACAUGAUAGGAUACGUGAUGCAUACACGCAUCCUCAGUUUAUGUCGGAUGUAAUGAAACCGCUUCAGAUUGAAGAGCUGAUGGAUCAAGCGAUAAACAAACUUUCCGGUGGAGAGAGGCAGAGGGUUGCCAUCACUUUAUGUCUAGGUAAGCCUGCAGAUAUCUAUCUUCUUGAUGAGCCAAGUGCGCAUCUAGACUCAGAGCAAAGGAUCAGAGCUUCUAAAGUCAUAAAACGGUUCAUCCUACACACAAAGAAAACCGCUUUUGUUGUUGAGCAUGACUUUAUGAUGGCGACCUAUCUUGCGGAUAAAGUCAUUGUGUAUGAAGGACAACCUGGUGUCAAGUGUACUGCUCAUUCUCCACAGUCACUCAGCAGCGGAAUGAACCUUUUCUUAUCGCACCUGAACAUCACAUUCAGACGAGAUCCAACUAACUUUAGGCCAAGGAUCAACAAGUUAGAUUCCACCAAGGACAGAGAGCAAAAGCUUGCAGGAUCAUACUACUUCUUAGAUGAUUGA